GGUGGGCGCGGGCUGGCGGCGCUGCCUGGGGACCUGCCCGCCUGGACGCGGAGCCUGAACCUGAGUUACAACAAACUUUCUGAGCUCGAUCCUGCUGGUUUUGAGGACUUGCCGAAUCUACAAGAAGUGUACCUCAAUAACAAUGAGUUGAUGACUGUACCGUCCCUGGGCGCUGCUUCGUCUCACAUCGUGUCUCUCUUUCUGCAACACAACAGGAUCCGCAGUGUGGAGGGAAGUCAGCUGAAGGCCUACCUGUCCCUGGAAGUGCUGGAUCUCAGCUCCAACAACAUCACGGAGGUCCGGGGCGCCUGCUUCCCACACGGGCUGCCCAUAAAGGAGCUCAACCUGGCGAGCAACCGGAUCAGCACCCUGGAGUCGGGAGCAUUUGAUGGUCUGUCAAGGUCACUGCUCACGCUUCGGCUGAGCAAAAACAGGCUCACUCAGCUUCCUGUGAAAGCAUUCAAGCUACCCCGGCUGACACAACUGGACCUCAAUCGGAAUCGGAUUCGGCUGAUCGAGGGCCUGACGUUCCAGGGGCUCGACAGUUUGGAGGUGCUGAAGCUACAGCGAAACAACAUCAGCAGGCUGACGGACGGGGCCUUCUGGGGGCUGUCCCGGAUGCUCGUGCUGCACCUGGAGUCCAACAGCCUGGCGGAGGUGAACAGCGGCUCGCUCUAUGGACUCUCGGCCCUGCACCAGCUCCACCUCGGCAACAACUCCAUCUCCCGAAUCAACCGCGACGGCUGGAGCUUCUGCCAGAAGCUGCACGAGCUGAUUCUAUCGUUCAAUAAUUUGACCCGGUUGGACGAGGAGAGCCUGGCCGACCUGAGCAGCUUGAGCAUCCUGCGCCUCAGCCACAACUCCAUCAGUCACAUUGCGGAAGGCGCCUUCCGGGGACUCAAGAGCCUGCGUGUCUUGGAUCUGGACCACAACGAGAUCUCCGGCACAAUCGAGGACACGAGUGGCGCGUUCACGGGGCUUGACAGCCUCAGCAAGCUAACUCUGUUUGGAAACAAGAUCAAGUCUGUGGCUAAGCGAGCGUUCUUGGGGCUGGAAGGCCUGGAACACCUAAACCUUGGACAGAAUGCGAUCAGAUCUGUCCAGUUUGAUGCCUUUGUGAAGAUGAAGAAUCUAAAAGAGCUCCACAUCAGCAGUGAUAGCUUCCUGUGUGACUGCCAGCUGAAGUGGCUGCCCCCGUGGCUGCUGGGCAGGAUGCUGCAGGGCUUCGUGACGGCCACCUGUGCCCACCCAGAGUCGCUGAAGGGCCAGAGCAUCUUCUCUGUGCCACCAGACAGUUUCGUGUGCGACGACUUACCAAAGCCCCAGAUUAUCACCCAGCCGGAGACGACCAUGGCCGUGGUGGGCAAGGACAUCCGGUUCACGUGCUCGGCCGCCAGCAGCAGCAGCUCCCCGAUGACGUUCGCCUGGAAGAAGGACAACGAGGUGCUGGCCAACGCGGACAUGGAGAACUUCGCCCACGUCCGCGCCCAGGACGGCGAGGUGAUGGAGUACACCACCAUCCUGCACUUGCGCCACGUCACCUUCGGGCAUGAGGGCCGCUACCAGUGUGUCAUCACCAACCACUUCGGCUCCACCUACUCGCACAAGGCCAGGCUCACCGUGAACGUGUUGCCGUCAUUCACCAAAAUGCCCCAUGACAUUGCCAUACGGACCGGCACCAUGGCCCGUCUGGAAUGUGCGGCCACCGGCCACCCUAACCCCCAGAUCGCCUGGCAGAAGGACGGAGGCACGGAUUUCCCCGCCGCCCGCGAGCGCCGCAUGCAUGUCAUGCCGGACGACGACGUGUUCUUCAUCACUGACGUGAAAGUAGACGACAUGGGAGUGUACAGCUGUACCGCCCAGAACUCGGCCGGCUCUGUCUCAGCGAACGCCACCCUGACCGUCUUAGAAACCCCGUCCCUGGCGGUGCCCUUGGAAGACCGUGUGGUAUCCGUGGGAGAAACAGUGGCUCUCCAGUGCAAAGCAACCGGGAGCCCCCCGCCCCGCAUCACCUGGCUCAAGGGGGACCGCCCCCUGAGCCUCACCGAGCGGCACCACUACACCCCUGGCAACCAGCUGCUGGUCGUUCAGAACGUGGUGGCGGAAGACGCGGGCCGCUAUACCUGCGAGAUGUCCAACACCCUGGGCACCGAGCGCGCGCACAGCCAGCUGAGCAUCCUGCCCACGCCGGGCUGCAGGAAGGACGGCACCACCGUGGGCAUCUUCACCAUCGCCGUGGUUUGCAGUGUCGUGCUGACGUCGCUGGUCUGGGUGUGCAUCAUCUACCAGACCCGGAAGAAGAGUGAGGAGUACAGUGUCACUAACACAGAUGAAACCAUCGUGCCACCAGAUGUUCCAAGCUACCUGUCUUCUCAGGGGACCCUUUCUGAGCGGCAGGAAACUGUGGUCAGGGCUGAGGGUGGCCGUCAGGCCAACGGGCACGUCGAGAGUGACGGUGUCAGUCCAAGAGAUGCAAGCCUGUUUCCAGAGGUGGACGGUGAUGGCCUUACGUGUAGGCAGCCCAGGCUCUGCGCUGGGUUUAUGCAGGAGCCGUGGAAAGUGAUGGAGAAAGCCAACGGGACGGCUGGGCCGGAGAAGAUGCCGGAGCGCAGUGGCCCACGGCUGUGCGGUGACUGCAGCCCCAACUCGGACAGUCACUCCAAGGAGCCUGCCAGCUGUCCCCCUCCGGCGCCCAGAGACGGUGCGCAGCCCGGGACUCUAAGCAGCCGGAAUGACCGCCCACAGUGGCCACAGCAUCUGACCAGUGGGACUGCUGAGGGCGCCCUCUACCCCAGUAACCACGACAGAAUGCCGACAGCCUGCAAGAAAAAGCCAGCAGCGCCUCUGGAGGGGAAAGGGUCCUCCUCUCGGACUUCGGAGUCUGGCUCUCACAGCCGAGCUAGAGACCUCCAGCCUUCCUCUGCGUUGACUCCAGGCAAGCCUGAGCUGCCAGAAGCCACCUCGGGCUCUCCUGACGUCCCCAGUGAAGGCCAGCACUUACUUCUUUCCAACGGACACCUCCCCCAGGCCUGUGACUCCAGCCCUGAGGCCACGCCACUGACAGGGCAGCCCCCCGGGAAACGGCGCACGCCGCUGCUGUUUGCACCGAAAAGCUAGGCUUCGUCUACCUCGGCUCUUGUCGCGUCGGUCUCUGCAGGAAAGAGGUAGGAGAGGCGGUGCGGAAGCCCGGCUCCAGGCGUCCCCAGUCUCCGCUCCCACGUGCGGCACCGGGAGGGAGACGGACUCGCAGCUGCAGCACAGCAAUGCAAGAGGCUAUUGUGUACACAAGGCAGAAAAGUAUUGGAUACCAUUGUACAUAAGAGUUUUCAGAGAUUGCAUAUAUAUUAUAUAUCUUUUACAAAGGCUAUUUUAAUCUUUAGUGCAUGGUUAACAGAAAAAAGAAAUCGUACAAUUUUGACACUUAUUUUUCAUACCAGGUUGCUGUUUAAUUUCAGAAGUGGGGAAUAGUUCUGGUGCCUUAAUGCAUGGAUGGAGUUUCUAGGAGCUACAAACCACAUUUGCUCCCAGGAGCCUUUGGUGGGUGGGGAGGAAGGGGAGUCCCUGGAUUUGCACUGCACGUCAGAGGGCGGACCCCCCCAGGACAGAGGCUGGGCUGGCGUGGGAAGUGACUUCAGUCGGUGUUGCGCAUGCGUGGGUGCCCUUGCAGGGAAGGACUGCUCGUAGGUUUAGGUUCUUUCUGGAACAAGUGGAACGGGUUGUUAAGCCACCACAAGCAACGGGCUCGAACAAGGAAGCACUGCCUUUCUUCUGUGAUAAAAGCAAAUGUGGUUUUGUCAGUAUCACUCGAUUGCCAUUUGAGGCUUUUUAAUAUGAUAGAGGCUGCUGGUGUUGGUACCUGUGGAUUUUUCAAUAGCGAUUUCUUAGUUCUGCCAAUAUAAUUAUUACAUUGGCCUUGGGGGGAAAGAAAAGAAUCAGAGGCCUUACUGUUCAGGGCUAGCAUGUCUCUCCCGAGGAUCCGGAGCAGGCCUGUCCUCGUCCUUCCCUCGCACAGGCGGACCCGGGCUAGGACCCUCAAGAGGUUUAGCCCUUGACCUGGGUUCUGGGUCUAAUUUGCACUUUUUGGAGCCCUGUAGCUAACCAUCUUGUGAGUGCCAAUGUGUCUAUUUCAGGAAGAAUUACGUUGAAACAAACACGGUCCUUAAAAAUCUCAGAAAGCAAAGUUCCUUUAGCCAAACAGCUGAAGGGGAGGUAUUGACUAACUUACUGUCUAGCGCCAUCACUGUUCCCAAAGGUAAGCACAUUUAGAAUUUUGUUCUCAACAGUUAACUGAUUCAUGUUACUUCCACAAAAUAUGUGAAUUUGCUGCUUCUGAGAGGCAAUGUGAAAGAGGAAGUAUUACUUUUAUGUACAAAGUUAUUUAUUUAUAGAAAUUUUGGUACAAUGUACAUUGAAAAACAUGUAAAAUAUUGAAGUGUCUAACAAAUGGCAUUGAAGUGUCUUUAAUAAAGGUUCAUUUAUAAAAUGUGA